AUGCCAGGUAUCAAACGCAGAGUUGACUCAGCUGAGGACCGCGAUGGAAAACGGACUAAGGUCAAGGAUGCUGCUGCUUCUGCAGCAAAAAACCGCACUAAGCAAUAUGUACCUCCGGCAUUCCAAAAGAAAGGUAUCACAAGAGGAGCGCGCAAAAUGAACAGAGAUAAAAAGCUUCGCAAAACAAGUACAAAGAAGGCGACGCUAAAGAAAGGUCCAAAGGGUCUGGCUGCUGAGGACGAGGAAGAUGAUAACCAGGAAUCUGACUCGGAUAUUCCAACCUCUGAGGAAUCUGAUAUUGAAAUGGAAAUUAAGGACGAAAUUGAAGAGGAAGAAGAGGAAGAAGCAAACGACGACUCUUCUCCCAGUGACGAUCAGCCCGAAUUUAAAGGGAAGGACUCGAACGGUUCUGGUGAAGCUGACAAACAAAAUGCUUCUCGCGAAUCCCAUGCCAAACAAAAAGCACUGGCACAGGAGCGCAAGGCAGCGAAACCGAAUGCCGACAUUAUCGCACGGUCAAAAAAGCUAUGGGAACGACUUCGUCGCAAAUCUCACGUACCCCGGGACGAGCGCAAGACACUGGUUGCUGAGCUGUAUGAAAUUAUCAACGGCCGAGUUAGCGACUUCGUCUUCAAACAUGACUCAGUACGAGUGAUUCAGACGGCAUUGAAAUAUGCAAACCUUGAACAAAGGAAGCUCAUUGCGCGCGAGUUGCAAGGACAAUACAAGGACCUCGCUGAGAGUCGAUAUGCCAAAUUCUUACUUGGCAAGUUGUUGGUGCACGGAGAUGCUGAAAUCCGAGACAUGAUCAUCCCCGAGUUCUACGGACAUGUCAAACGUCUGAUAAGGCAUCCUGAAGCGUCUUGGAUUCUCGACGACAUUUAUAGAACUGUCGCUACUAGGAAACAGAAGUCCAACCUCCUCCGAGAGUGGUAUGGUGCAGAAUUUGCAAUCUUCAAAGACAACAAGGACUCAGGAAUGCCGGAAGACCUGGCUCAGAUUCUGGCCGAAAGUCCUGAAAAGAGGCCCCCAAUCAUGCGUCAUUUGUAUGAGCUCAUAAAUCAGCUGGUACAGAAGAAGACAACUGGGUUUACCAUAUUGCAUGAUGCCAUGCUCCAAUACUUUUUGAACACGAAGCCUGGUAGCUCCGAUGCAAACGAGUUCAUUGAAUUGAUCAAGGGCGACGAAGAAGGCGAUCUUGCGAAGAAUAUGGCGUUCACACAAUCCGGUGCUAGACUCACAUGUCUUUGCCUUGCAUAUUCUUCUGCUAAAGACCGCAAGUUGCUUCUGCGAUUCUACCGCGAUACGAUCAAAUUGAUGGCUGGAGACGUUCACGCGCACAUGGUCCUUUUGACUGCAUUUGAAGUUAUUGACGACACUCGACUCACUACGAGGUCCAUUUUCCCGGAGCUUUUGAGUCAAGAUGCUGCAGAGUCAACACGCUAUGAAGAUUUGUUGAUGCAGAUCAACGACCUCAAUGCUAGAAUCCCAAUACUUUAUCUGUUUGCAGGCGACAAGGUCAAAUGGCUUCUUCCGGCCCAAGACGAAGAGAUCAUGAAGCAAGUUUUGGAUACCCGCACAGAGACUUCCAAGAAAGACCCGUCUAUCCGUCGCCAGGAGCUCAUCAAAGCAGCCAGUCCAACUCUGCUCGAAUUCAUUGCAGCGCAAGCAGAGUCUUUGAUGGAGACCAGUUUUGGUUGUCAAUUUAUCUCUGAAGUCCUGUUCAGCGCAGAGGGGGGUAAGGACGCCGCUCUCAGUGCUAUUGCUGUUGCUGCUCAGUCCAAGGCGGAGGCGCAGGACUCUCCCUUCGUUGGUCGAAUGCUCAAGUCGCUGGUUCAGGGCGGUCGGUUCAACAGUGCGGAGAAGAAAAUUGAGAAAGUCGAGCCGGCCUUAGGCUUUGACACUGUGCUCUACGAUAACAUCCGGAACGACAUCAUGGCCUGGGCUACGGGGUCACAGACAUAUGUUGUCGUCGCAUUGGCCGAGUCUGACGAAUUCGUGAAGAAGGAUGAACUACUCCAGAUCCUCAAGAAGAACAAGAAAGCAUUGGAGAAAGUGGCUACUGGGCCGGGAGCUUCAUCGGAGCAGUCCAAGAAGGCCGGUCCAGCCAGCAGCGGCGCGAAAUUACUGUUGACGAAGAUCUGA